AUGUUUCUUUGCGGCACCUAUGUUCGGCGAGCACACGCAUGUGCCUACCUUACUACCUAGCUGCUGCAGGCCACUGACCUUAGGUCCUUAGCUACCGUGGAUUCACGUGUUAUUACAGUGUAAGCUAGGACGAUUGUCUGCAAAGCUGGACCGCCCAGAACAACACAGCCAUUCAUCGCCCAAUGGUUUGCAGUCUGCAAGCCUGGACCGACGAGGCCCAUAUCCCGAGGAGAUGAGGCAGUGUUCGGUGGAUGGUGUAGAUCUGGUGCGCUCCUCUAGCCUAAAUAUUUCCGUCUCGACAUGUGGAGGCCGUCGAGGAACAAUUCUCGCUCUCUCUUUGAUCCACAAAGCCAGCGCUCGCUCGCGUGUCGCCGCAGCUAGAGCUACCACAAUGGCCUUCUUCAUUGCUUGCGUGUCCUCGCUCGUGCUCCUCUUCCUCCUCUUUCUCUCACGCUACUUGUUCCAGCUGCUGGGCAGCAGCCGUCUUCCCCCUGGGCCGCUGCCUCUCCCGGUCAUCGGCAACCUCCUGGACGUGGCAGCAUUAACAGGCCGGCAUCUUCCCCACCGCUCCCUGGCCCGUCUCGCCGCGCGCCACGGCCCGCUCAUGACGCUCCGGCUGGGCAGGGCCGUGGUGAUCUUCGUCUCCUCCCCGGACGCGGCCCGCGAGGUGCUCCAGACCCACAACGCCAGCCUCGCCGGCCGGAUCCCGCCCGACGCGUGGCACGGCGCCGGCCACGCCGCCAACUCCGUCUUCGUCCUGCCGCCGCACCACAAAUGGCGCUCGCUCCGAAGGAUCGGCACGGAGCACCUGCUGUCCCCGAGGCGCCUCGACGGGCUCCGCCCUGUGCGUCUGCUCCAGGACGCCGUCGUCAGCCACGUGUCCUCCGAGCUGGCGGCGGAGGCGUCUUCUGGGGUGCUAGUUGUCGGCCACGUCGCGUCCGCGGCCACGGUGGACAUGCUGUGGCAGGCCAUGUUCGGCUGCCAGGUGGAGCUGGACGCGUCAGCAGCAACAUCGGCUUACCGCGAGCUGCACGGGCUCGCGCGAGACCUCGGGGCCAUUGGACUGACACCCAACGUCUCUGACUUCUUCCCGGUGCUCGCCGCUGCUGACCUCCAGGGCGUGCGCCGCAGUUUCGCCAGGAAGCUGGGAAGGCUGUACCAGCUGAUCGACGUGCAGAUCCAGCGGCAGAGGCGCCACCGGCGGGAAUCCGCCGCCGCUGCUUCUGGCGGCGGUUGCGGUAAGAAUGGGGGCUUGCUAGAUGCCAUGCUCGACAUGUCCGAUGAGGAUGAUGGCGCCGCCGGCGGCAUGAACAACGAUACGAUCAGAGCAUUUCUCGCGGAUUUACUUCUUGCGGCCAUCGAGACGAUCCCAAACGCGAUCGAAUGGGCAAUGGCGGAGCUACUACAGAACCCAAACACGAUGAGAAGGCUAAAGGAGGAACUCCGAAGUGUCAGCGGCGGCAAGACCCACGUCGACUACUCCGACAUGGACCAUCUCCCCUUCCUCCGAGCGGUCAUCAAGGAAACACUCCGGCUGCACACGCUGGUGCCGUUCGUGCCCAACAAGGCUGACGCGGUGGUGCGGGUGCACGGCUACACCAUCCCCAGGGGGAGUACCGUCAUCGUCAACGUUUGGGCGAUCCACCACGACGCCGAGGUGUGGCCGGAGCCCGACACGUUCAUCCCUGGCAGGUUCAUGGGGGGCGGCAAUAACGAGGUCCAUUUCCUAGGGGCGGACCUCCAGUUCAUCCCGUUCAACGCUGGAAGGCGCAUCUGCCUAGGGUUGCCCCUCGCCAGUAGAAUGCUGCAUGCGAUGCUCGCAACUUUGCUGCAUCGUUUUGAAUGGGUGCUGCCUCCGGGGGUUGCCGAAAAUGGUGUUGAUAUGUCGGAGAAGAUCGGGAUGACCAUGUCUAUGGCUAACCCUCUCAAAGCUAUACCAAAGCCAAUUUGCAUGACGUAGUGGUAUCAUCCGAAGUCCUUGGUAAUAGUAUCUCUCUAUGUGUGUUGUCUAUACAUGUGUUUCACGUCCUUUAUGACGUCAUGUUAAAGUGUUAUCCUGAAAGAAGCUGAUCCGGCCACGUGAAACUAGCAUGAAGUUUUGUUUCUUUAUAGAGAAAGAUACUAGUCAAUACUUACUAUUGAGUGUUUUA